GGUCCCAGCGCGCGUCGAUAUUCCCGCGUUUUCUUGGCUCAAAGAAUUAACUCGAAUUAAAAAAAAAAAUGAAUAAUCAACUGGACGAUGAACAAAUAACAAUGUUGCGACGCGCCUUCAGCAUGUUUGAUUCGAGCAAGCAAGGUCGCAUUGAGAAAGAAAAAGUUCGAACAAUUUUGAACACGAUGGUCCACAGCUUCGAUGAUAACGAUUUGGAUCAGAUGCUGGACAAUGAAGAUGUAGAUGGUUCAGGGAAGCUGAACUUCGACUCGUUCGUUCGAGUCGCGACACACUUCCUCGACGAAGACGACGAGGCUUUGCAGAAGGAACUUAAAGAAGCUUUUAGACUUUAUGACAAAGAAGGCAACGGUUACAUCCCGACUUCAAGUCUAAGGGAGAUACUCGCUGCAUUAGACGACCAGCUGACGCCGGACCAACUCAACGAAAUGAUUGCGGAAAUAGAUACCGACGCUUCGGGAACUGUUGAUUUUGAUGAAUUUAUGGAGAUGAUGACUGGGGACUAGUAGGUAUAUCUGUUGUGAGUUCCUAAGGCGUGGAUAUACGUUGGGAAUUUUCAUUAUCAAAAAAACCUAAAAAUAUAAAAUCGUUUAAAUCUUUUAUACAUAUUUUUCAUCGUUUCCCAAAUUUUUAAAAACAUUACAAAAUAAUAAAAAGAAAUAAGCUAAGUUUACCUUCUCUUUACGUAACAUUCGCUUAAUGCUUCUUAAGCCAUCUAUCACAGGUAUAUUUUCUUUUUUAGUAUAUUGAAUAUGACAACACCAAGGUGACCUUCGACUUGUUUUUGCAAUAUAAUUUAUAUAAUACUUUGUAAUUAAUUAUUGUAAUUGAUGCGAUAUAUAAUCGCUCAAUCGCCUAAAAAAUCAGUGCGGGGCAGUGCUUAACAGACUUGUGAAACUUUCACCGCAAACACAGGGCACAGGGCACACAUCUGCGCGGGGCAUAUUAAUUCCAAUCGGUAACACCCAAACGAAUAAACUUAACGACGUAUAUCUACCGAUUAAUAUAUUUAUACCCGUAAAAUCGUGUUCUAGUCAAUCUAAAUAAUUAAUGUAAUUUAAUAUCAAUAA